UAAGCCUGCAAAGAAUCAUGCUUAAUAGUCACUCCAGUUAAGACGCAGAAAUUUCUUCAGUCGCAUUUGAAAGUAUUGACGAUAAUGAGCGAAUCUCAACCGAAAAUAAUCAAGAUGUCAAGCUCUUUGUCACAAUUAAAGGAAUUUACAACAAUUGUCGCCGAUACUGGUGAUUUUCAAGCAAUGGAACAAUUUAAACCAAUAGAUGCUACUACAAAUCCAUCUUUGAUUCUUGCUGCUGCCAAUCAAAAGAAAUAUGCUCAUUUAAUAGAUAAAGCAGUGAGUUUUGGAAAAAAAUACGGAACUACCUUGGAAGAACAAGUUUCAGCAGCCUUAGAUGUCAUAUGCGUUCUUUUUGGAAAAGAGAUUUUAAACAUUAUACCUGGAAGAGUUUCUACAGAAGUAGAUGCUAGAUAUUCUUUUGAUAAAGAAUACAGCGUCGAAAAAGCAAAAGUAUUAAUUAAUUUAUACGAAGAAUAUGGUAUAGAUAAAGAUCGUGUACUAAUUAAGCUUGCUUCCACUUGGGAAGGUAUUCAGGCAGCAAAAGAAUUGGAAGAAAACUAUGGAAUACAUUGUAAUUUAACACUUCUGUUUUCCUUUGCACAAGCUGUUGCAUGCGCAGAAGCAGGUGUAACUCUUAUAUCACCAUUUGUUGGUAGAAUCUUGGAUUGGUAUGUAUCAAACACAGAUAAAAAAUCAUAUGAAGCUGAAGCAGAUCCAGGUGUUAUAUCUGUAACAAAAAUAUUUAAUUAUUACAAGAAAUUUGAUUAUAAAACUGUUGUUAUGGGAGCAUCAUUUAGGAAUGUUGGUCAAAUUAAAGAACUGGCUGGCUGCGACUUCUUAACCAUUAGCCCAAAAUUGUUAGAGGAAUUAGAGAAAAGUAAUGAACCGAUUCGCAAAGUACUUUCAGUGGAAUCAGCUAAAAAAUCUGAUCUUCAAAAAAUCAGUUUAGAUGAAGCUAAAUUUAGGUGGCUUCUUAAUGAAGAUCAAAUGGCAACCGAUAAAUUAAGCGAAGGUAUUCGCAAGUUUGCAGUAGAUGUUCGUAAAUUGGAAAAAUUACUUGAGGAAAAAAUUCAAUCUUAAAUGUAAGGAAAAUAUAUCUAUGUUUACACGUACGGAUUAACACAUGAAGAAUAUUAAAAAGUGUACGAAAAUUGUAUUUUUGUUAAAAAAAAUUAUACUUUUUUAACAAAAUGGUGUUGUAUAAAUACAAAUUUUUGAUCUGC